AUGAAGGGUGAGCCUGGUGAACUGGGGCCUUCUGGUGCUCAGGGUAUCCAGGGUAUCCGUGGUAACCCCGGUAUUUCAGGUUCUCAGGGCUUGAGGGGCCAACCAGGAGACCCAGGAGAGGCGGGGAGAGAGGGAGACAGGGGUAGAAGGGGGCGACAGUAUCCGGGGGAACCAGGGGCCAGGGGUGUGGUCGGGAUCACAGGUCGCAGGGGUGAAAAGGGCAUUGCAGGAGUCUUAGGAGCCCCAGGACACACUGGUCCAAAGGGCUUCCCGGGCAGCAAAGGAGCAAAGGGUGACAGAGGUUUAGCGGGAAUACAAGGAGAAAGGGGAAGCCCCCUCCAAAUCCAGGGACCGAGAGGCUACAAGGGCUUCAAAGGAGAAGGGGGAGAGCGAGGCUCCCCAGGUUUCGAUGGAGAUAAAGGAGAGAAGGGCGAGGAUGGGCCCCCGGGGUUCAAGGGCCUCAAAGGAGAGGCAGGGGCCAAAGGAGCCAUGGGGCUGUUUGGGGUCCGUGGACCAGUGGGCCAAAAGGGAGAUACUGGUGAGCCUGGAGUCAAUGGAGAAGUGGGUCGUAACGGGGACGAUGGAUUGGAUGGAGCCACAGGAGCCAAAGGAGACAUGGGACUCCAGGGACAGAAGGGAGAUCAGGGUGAUAGAGGUGAACCUGGCUUACCAGGGGAUACUGGGCAGACAGGAGUGAAGGGAUUCCGAGGCCUACCUGGACGCAUAGGAAGCACUGGGCAAGAUGGAGAAAAGGGAGAGAUGGGUAUUCCUGGAACCCCAGGACAUCCAGGGCUCAAUGGACUCACAGGACGGAAGGGUGAAAAAGGGGACGGGGGUAUCAAUGGAGUAGAGGGAGCACCAGGACUAAGAGGAGAGAAGGGUGCCACUGGUUUCCCAGGGUUCCCUGGGUUUAAGGGGUCAGCAGGGACACCAGGCAGUGAUGGAGCGGAGGGGCGACCAGGACGUAAUGGAUCCAAGGGAGAGACAGGAACCAAGGGAGAGAGGGGCAGGAGAGGCAGAGGGAAGCCUUGUCAGACAGGACCACCUGGAAGUCCGGGACAAAGAGGAGGCAGUGGAGAGCUCGGAAAUGAGGGACUAAAGGGAGAGAAAGGGGAACCCGGACUCUCUGCCGAGGAGGUGAAGGAUCUGGUCAACCAAGAGGUUGUGAACCAAUGCGGGAUGGACUUGAAGUUUGUGGUGAAGUCUAAGGACCCGGAUGCUGAGAGCAUGAUGUUUGAGAGGAAACCGGACGAGCCUGUAUCCAUCUUCACUCGCAGCCUACCUGAGGAUGAGAUGGGAGAGGAGGAAGAGGACAAUAAAAGACUUGUAAAGGAGCUGGUAGGAUCAACCACUCCUCCCCCCGUCCCCUUGCGAGAGGAGGGGACCCCAGGUGAUGACAACCUUACCGACUCUGGAGCCAACAGGGGAGCGGAUUGGGGACUGAGGCACAGGAGAAGAAGGGUUCCAGGAGUCGGGCCACGCUCAUCAGACUUGACCCCUGACCCCUGCCUGCUACCCAUGUCAGAGGGGGGAUGUUGGGAGCAUGUCCUGCUGUGGUACUACCACCCCCACUCCGGGGAGUGCCGGCCGUUUGUCUACGGGGGUUGUGAGGGCAACCACAACCGCUUCAACACCAAACAAGAAUGUCAGAGGUGGUGUGGGAAAGAGAGGAGAGGUCUUGAGCCUAGAAGGUGAGAGGGAGCUGCCAAUCAAGACAAUUAUUUUUUUGUAAAUGCCACAGUGUAAAAUGUAAGAAUUUUUGUGCAGAUCUGGAUUUUUUAAAUAUUUAAAGUAAACUAAUGAUUUUCCACACUUGAGAGAAAUUCCCAUAUAGAGCAGAGCUGCAUGGGUUUCAUAGAUUUGCAGAAUCAUUCGAAAGUCUUUAUCUGUGCCUGUUUGAGCUUGCCUGGCUUAAUUACCCAAUAGAAAAGUCCAAAAACUGCAAAACCCUGCCCAUCUGGGACUUCAGGCAGUCUUUUAAGGUAACGCUCAAAUUAUUUUUAAAGUAUUUGAACCCAGGUCUAAUACAGCUAUUCUAUUUUCUAUGGACUAUGCCAAUUACAGAUGACUCACCAUGUGAAUGUUAUGAAUGUGUUCUUUCAUGUUUUAAUCAAAAGGUAGCCUGCACAUUCUAUAUUACUAUAGUAAAGUAUAGCACAUUCUAUAGUAGUAAAGUAUAGCACAUUCUAUAGUACUAUAGUAUACCACAUUCUAUAGUACUAUAGUAUAGCACAUUAUAUAGUACUAUAGAAUAGCACAUUCUAU